AUGAAUUCAAAAUUCGCCAAAUCCAUCUCAUCUCGCUUGUUUACUUUCAUUGUCGGUUCGGAAGAGAAGAGGAUCACCGUUCACUGCGACGUCCUAGCCAGCCUCUCGUCCGAGCUUGACAGCCUCCUAAACGCGCGGUUGCUUGAAAAAGGGGCGGACACAUUCAUCCGGCUGUGCGAGUACGCGUACGUCGGCGACUACACGCCCCCUCCGGAUAUCAUCAGGAACUCUAAGCCAUUGGGUGGUCAAUCUCAGCUGAGGGCUGAUACAAAACCGUUCCUUCCGCGCCCGUCAAAAGAUGGGAGAGGGAUCUAUAGUGAAUCAUGGAGACCUCGACUACCCUCCGUCUAUUUAGAUAGAUCAGCCGCACAGUCAGAAAAGCCCGGUGCGGCAGCCCUGGAUCUACCUCGGAUUUUCAACCCGCCUAGUACUCGCGAUGCCUUCAACCAUCUCCACACUUGUCUCACGGCCAGGCGGGGCCAAGUCUCCGAAGAGAGAAAAAAGGCCUACGCGCCUCGCAAGAUACCCCUCCACCUCCGGAAGCAACUUACGCCCAACCUUCUCGGCCAUGCCAAGCUAUGCGUCCUGGCGGAGCAACACGGCAUCAUUCCCCUUCGGGAUCUCGUUUUAGAAAAGCUGGCGACGACACUCCGAGAGUUUGAGUUGUUCGAGGACCACGUGGACUAUCUGAUUGAGCUGGUGCGCUUCUCGUACCUCCAUACACGCCCUGGGGACGAUGAGAUAUUUUGUUUGCGGGAUUUGCUGGCGACCUAUGUUUUCUCGAGGCUGAAGCAGCUCUAUGAAAGCGUGAAGUUCCUGGACUUCGCGCGCGAAGGAGGCGACUUUGUAGUCGAGGUCAGGCAGAAAAAUUACAAUUGGCGGAUGAGGUGGGGGCAGUUGGACAGGUGUCCUAAGCGCCCCGAUCCCUUUGCCUUUGGCUGA